GUUCGAAUAUAAUUGGUUUGUUUCAUAUGUUUUGAAAUAAUAAUGGAAAUGAAUGAUCAAGAAUAACGCUGUGAUUAUUUAUAAAACGUAAGUAAUAAUAAAUCGAAUAACAGUACGUUAAAAUGGCUUCUCGUGUACCGGAGAUGCCACACGACAAAACAUAUCAUAUAUUUGUGUGUUAUGAAAAAAAUUCAGUGGACAUUGUUCGGAUAAUUGUUGAUAAUUUAGAGAAUAAGGGGAUUAUGUGCUGUUACUAUGAUAGGGACUUCACUCCUGGACGCUCAAUUAUAGAAAAUAUGUAUGAAGCUAUUGAGAAAAGUUUAUAUAUGUUGAUUGUUUUGUCAGAAGAUUUUGAAAACAGUCAUUUUUGCAAAGACGAACUGGAUAAAGCAUCCCAUCUUAGAGCAAAGGGAGAAUAUAACAUGAUACCUAUAAGGAUAGAACCAUGUUCCGUCCCCGAAUGUCUUCGGUAUCUCGUGUACAUAGACGUGGAAGAUAGCAUCGACAGAGCACAUGUUAAAAUCAUAGACGCCAUGUCGAAGAAAGAACUUCGGAUAGAAUUUAGAGAAGAUAGAAACGGGGAGUAUUUACAGUUUGAAAUGCAGGCUUUUGCACCAAGAUUAAAGUUUACAGAAACAGAUACGGCAGAAAUUUGGAACAACCGAUUCGAGGUAUCAGCUGACCUACUGCAGGAAAUCGAAACUACUGUAAAUAGUUCCUCCUUUGUGAAGUACCAACACAUUAUUGAGCACCCGUAUUGUGCCAUAUUCCUCGCCUUCCUACAUCUCUUGAUAUUGUUAAUGAUCCUCUUCCUUGCAUUGCUGCUGAAUACCGGGAGAGAGAAAGCAGGCAGUUUCCAACCAGUUGAAUAUUGUCUUGCUGUUGGUUAACCGGCUUGGUUGUUGUCCUUGUGCCUGUGCAUGCUGAAUUAUUUUAUCUAUAACCAAUGCACUGGAAGUGUUUUCUCAAAGACAUGCAGUGUGUUGAAUGCUAAGCUUUGGUACAUAAGUGAACAAAACAUCAAGCAAACUGGUGUGAUAUUCUUCAUCAGAGGUCACAUAGUGUAUCGAGAUACUUGUCUACGGCUUUACAUUAUGCGCUACAACUUUAAACCAUGCAUGGCUUACUUUGCAAGGCAGCCGGAGAAAACGGAAUAUCUUAGGAAAUUUCGUGGGAAAAACGAAACAAAUAAGGAAUGUACAUCUAGGCUGUUUGGUGCAUACUUGAGCAAUUUCUGUGCCCAACUGGCUGAUACAAGUCCAGUUCAUAGACAUAAAAUGAAAAACAACUCAAAAUGUGUGUGUCUCCUCGUGGAGUGUUGGUUAAAACCAACGAAUUCUACCUGAACGAAUGCAAAAAGGACAAAUAGUUAUUACUACACAUUGAUUCAUUUUCUUCAUGGCAUUUUGGCCAGUGUUAAUUUGAAUACAAAUACGUAUUUCACUUCCAGGAGUUCCGUAUGUCUGUGUAACGAUAAGUUGUAUUUGUGAAAUUCAAAUGGAACUUGAAUGUUCAGUAAAAUGACACUUCAGUAGGUCUUCUGUAAAAUGGAUUAGAUUACUCAAACAUGGCUAUAAUUUAAAUCACCUUUCCCGUCCGUCUGUCAUGUGUCCGUUUGUCCGUUGCAAUACAUAUGAUAUAAUAGUUAUCCAAAUACAUGUACUUCGUUUAUUCAUUUCAUUUUCUUUUUAAAUUUUAUUUAAAGACUCAUUCUCACAGACCCUCGACAACUGAUGUCGCCAGGGCUUAUGAUGUUAUAUUUCAAUCUGUAUGUAUUAUUUCUUGAAUGUUUUGUACCCGCUGUAAGAACUGUCACCUGCAAAUAAAAUGAACCAUAAACUGAA